CGAGAAUGUCUCUGUGCGAGUGGUACGCGAACCGCGCGGUGCUCCUCACGGGAGUCACCAGCGAAUUGGGACGCGCUCUGUUGGAGAAGAUUCUACGGUGCUUACCGGACGUCAGGGUGUACGUCGUUCUGAGAUCCCAAAACGGUCUCAGCGGCGAGGAACGGCUAAAGAAGAUAUUCACGUCGCCCGGGUAUGAGCGACUGAGGCAGGAGAUGCCGGGCGCGAUCUCGCGCGUGAAAACGUUCGAGGGGAAUCUGCUUUACGAGGAUCUCGCCCUAAGCAUCGAGGACAAAGCCUCGUUGAGAGAGGUCACCGUGGCCUUCCAUGCCGCCGGACCGCACGACUUCUUCCUGGAAUAUUGUCAGGAAUUACCGAAGCUCAAGAGCGUCGCCGUGGCAUCCAGCAUUUUCAGACAUCGCGGCAUGAUAGCCGAGUGCCUGCAGAAUGAAAAGAUUCCCGAGUUACCGAUCGCCCUGGUGCGUUUUCCCUGCGUCGGACCGGCUCACAAGGAGCCCAUGCCCGGCUUCGUCGAGAGCCUCAAAGGGCCCACCGCCCUCAUGAUCGGCGCGGGCUUCGCGUACGGCGAUUCGGAAUUGCCAGCUGAGGUCACCCCGAUAGACAUAGCAGUAAACACGAUGCUCGCGACCGCGUGGGAGGUCGGCACAACCAACGCUACAAAACCGAUCGCCUAUAACGCGGCGCUGAUAGGCUGCACGUGGGACGAUCUGAUUAAAAAGAGCCGACGGGCCAGCUGGACGUUUCCCUAUCCGACCUUCGGAAUCCGCGGAAUGACGUCCAUUGAGCCGUUGUACUGGAUUUUAGUGCUGCUCCUCGAAUGGCUGCCAUCCUUACUCUGCGACAUCGUCUUCGGUCUAUGCGGCAGGAAACAGAGGAUUCUCGCCGAGUACGACAGAGUUCGUAAUGCACUUCAGCCUUUGAAGUCAAUUUCAUCGAGGCCGUGGCCAGCGGAAAGGAAUCGCGUGUACCUGCUGCAGGAACGCCUGACGGGGGAAGAGCGGGACAUAUUUCCGAUCGUCGCAGAGAUCGACAUCGAGAGUUAUGUCCUCUGCGCCGCAGCCGCCACCCGGAAGUACUGCGUGAACGAGGACAAUCUUAAAAUCAUGAGAAUGAUUUAUAUCUUCUUCUUAUACGUGCCCGUGAUACUUGUCGUCGCGUAUAUUGCAUCGCGUACACUUUUGUCGCGCGCAUAAAGUUAUAGAUAAAAAUUAUUACGUCCUUUUUUUUGUAUAGAAAGAGGCUUUCUUUUUGCAAAAAUCUGUGAAGGAAAGAACAUAUGUUGUAUCUAUGAAACAAUCUUUAUACUUUGGGCAGAUAUUUUUAUAAUAAAUAAUCACGUGUUUGCAUAAUUAUAUCGCAGCUUGUAGAGUCAAACUUCGUUAAAUCAAACUUUAAUUUCAGUUUCUACAUUUUUAUCUACUCAAAUGAUCAAUAGUAUACGUAUGUUAUAUCUAUUACAUUUUAUCAUAUCUAGUACACUUUGUAUUAGUCGUAUAUAGCAAUCUAUAUAUAUGUAUCAAUAAUAUGUUAAGAUAAUAUUAAUAAUAACAUGUAUUCUUUUAUUCA